GCCGCGAACUCGGUUGUUGUGGGAAAGGCUGCGUGAGAGAAGAGCAACUCCACAGAUAGCACUGGAAUGAGGGACUUGUGGGUCGGUUAGAUCACAGAAUGCAAGUGUCAUUGGCCGCGCGUAUCUCGAACCCAAAAGGGAAGAUGACUCCAAAUCCAUGAUGGACCCAAUCCUACUCCUCCAAGUAGUUCCAUGAGAUAGCUGGUCUUUGAUCUGGCCUUCUGCAGUCACCCCCGCGUUUAGAUGCCAUCACCAUUUCUGUAGACAUUCACCAUCCCUCGCCUUCUGUCAUGCCGCGUCGAGUCCGCAAAGCUGCUUAUUCCAGGGUAGGCUGCGCCACCUGCAAGCAACGACAUAAGAAAUGCGACGGAAAUAAACCUAGAUGCGACGCAUGCGUGCGCCUAAACCUCAAAUGUGAACAAAGCGAUGGCUUUCGGAACUUCCAGCCUGCAAGUCCAGAAUCACAAGAGUCCCCUAACGAAACGCAAAUAUUGAGCUUGGAUGAACCUCGAUCAAUAUCGCCGGCAUCGCCAGAAUCAUCUCCAGACUCACUGCCCGCUCAAGUCAACAACAUCCCAGCCUUAUCCCAGCAAGACUGGCAGUAUUUCCAAUACUACGUGGAGAGGCUCUCUGAUCUUCUCCUCAACGGCCAUGCACCAUACAACCCCCUGCGCUCUCUAAUUGUACCACGAAUGACCUCCUCACCACUCCUGCUCCAAGCCGUGUGCUCAAUAUCAGCCCAGCACCGCGCGAACGGUGCAGGUAUUGAGAAACCGCAGUUCCAGACAGCUGCUACAGCAUACUACCUCCGCGCGCUGUCAAAUCUCAAGCAGUGGAUCCCAUAUAUCUCAUGGCUCCAGGACACAGCACAGUACGGCGGUGAUACAGAGUCGCUGGAGACGGCGGUGCUCGUGUCCAUCUUCCUGUGUAAACACGAGAUUAUCAAAGCCGGUGUUGCGAACUGGCGCUCGCAUUUGGUUGCCAUUGAGUCAUUUUGCCGCUUACUGGCGAGUGACGAGCGGGCGGGUAUGUCCGAGGUGGUGAUGUAUGCGCGGAGCUUUAUUUUGUACCAUCGCAGCACUGCCAGCGUUACUGAUCAAUCAGCCUUAAUGCUGGGCAAUACGUGCUACGACCAGACUCUGGAUUUAGAGUCCUACGGCUCGUCGUAUAUUGUCGAUCCGUACAUGGGAAUCUCGCAGGACCUAGUACUAACUCUACAGCGCGUCUCACAUCUUCUCAACUUUGAAUCCGACGAUGAAAUCCAGCGGGUGGUGUUAAUGAGUGAAGUUGAGGCCAUACUCCAACUCAUCAAAGAGAGAAGCUGGACGCUGAAACUCGCAUUCAUCCCCCGCGAGAUGUCACCGGCUUCAACCAGCGUGCUGAUCUAUGUCGCGCGCGCGUACGAAAGCGCAAUCCUUGCAUACCUGCACUCCGUCAUCGAUAGUCUCGCCGAACGAGAUCUCGUCGCUGAGAAUAACAAGAACCAACAAGGGCCUCUGUGUUUCUGGCAGAGAUUGCAUGAUCUGGUUCCGUCGACAAAAGAACAAGCCGUAGCCGAUUGUAUUGUGGAGAUUUUACAAGUCCCUGUUGGGGCUCCCGAAGAGCCGGGGUUGUUGCCGCUUCUAUUUAUUGUAGCUUGUAUUGCAGAGAGUCCCGAGGAGACGUGGAUUGUUCUCGAGAGGGUGGAGGGUCUUGGGGUGAAUUUCCGUCUAGGCAAUAUGGAUUUUGUUGGGGCGUUUGUGCGUGAGGUUUGGAGGCAGAGGGUGUUUGCUGCUGGUAGUGUAGGUGGUAGGAUUGGAUGGAGGGAGCUGUUGGCGCGGUCGAAGUGGGAUUUGAUGCUUUCUUAGGAUUUAUUAUAACAGAAGUGUCAUACAAUGUUAUGAUUUCCAAAGAGUAAUAUCUGAGGAUAAACGUAUAUUGUUGCAUUAGGG